CGAAUUCAACAGAGAAUCACGAGCGCAUCAUAGCUACGAAGGUCCUUGGUUCUUCCCUGCUCCGGGCAUGAUCCCGUUAUGGAUGCAGUCGCUGGCCCCCCUGCGCAAGUAGAAAAAAUCAAAACAAAACUAUGUCUGCUAUAAUCUUCCGGUCGUCGCUCCGUGCAUCAGCAGGACAGCCAGCAUCUUCAUUUCGCUCCUCAACUUCUUGGUUCGCGCCUUCAUUUGCGCAGCUUCUCGUCCUCGUGUCUUUGUUGUGCAGUGUUGAGCAAGCAAACGUGGUCAGAAAUCCGUUCGUGGUUGUAGCUGCUUUAGCGGCUCGUGCGUCAUCAACUUCCAGAGGAGUAUCGCAAGAGGAACCUCGACCCUCAACUGCAGGACGCGUUACAAGAGACGCUGCUGGUGCUGGUGGAGAUGCAGACCUGCAAGACCUAGACCGCUUGGAGCAGCAACUACAACUCCUGGAAAGAACUACACCCACCGAUGUUGAAGAGCAAGCUUUGCCCCACGCUUCAACGAAAGCGACGAAUUUCAGUGAGGAAACGGAGAGGGAGAAUGCAUUGCAAAUAUGUCUGGGUCUAGAAGAGUGUAACUUGUCAUGCUACAUCUGGAUCGUGGAAAAAUUUGCGUUGCAUAAUUACCAAAAGAGGUCCACUUUUGAACAAGUUUAGAGGCAGUUUCUCAUGCAGGAAAGGCAUGAUAAAGAUCUCACAGAGCCUGUCAUGCUAGACCGUGCGUGCCAGACCGCGUGGGUCAUGGAAAACCUGCAUGACAAAACUACCAAUCUUCCUGACCCAGACGUUUUUGCAUUUCAUAGCGAGAAUGUGUGUGCGAUUUGCCUGGACUUACUCGACAAACUGGAAUCGCCAGAGAUCAGCAGCAGCAGCUUGUGCCAAGAGAGUACAACUUCUAACCAACCGCAAGCGCAGUCCAGCGGAGAAUCAAUAGGUGGUGGAACAACAGCAGCAGCCCCACUAACACCUCCGUCUACACCACAGAACAAUUCGAAUGGUGCUAGUACCGGCGGCACUGGCACAAGCCCACAAGCAGAAAAUCUUCGCUUACGACUCCCGAUCUCCAGCCGACGUGGACCGGUUCGGAAUAGAAGCCGGGGAAGAACAACUGGCGAAGACCGUGCAAGAACGCCAACGUCUUCGGGAAGCAACAUUUUUCGCCGGUUAGCCGGCGGUGCGCGGUUCCACGCGAAUCUGUGGCGGGCCGAAAGGGCACGGAAUAGGGGCCGGUAUGCACCAGAGCAAGCUGCAGCUUCGGGUGGAAAUGUUGGCAUCGGCGAUCAACAGACCCCUCCGAGCGUCCGCCGGUACAGUGGGACUGCGAGUAAUCGCAUAUGAGAGUGCACAACUCCCCCUCCCCCUCGUUUGUCAUGCAAAAUACCAAAUCCACCCUUUGCCUCUUGGCACUGUUUGCAUGACAAGUUCUGGUGGCCCAAAUAGCACUACAAUCCAGUGGAAAUUUGUCAUGCAAAACCGGCGGCAUUCUUGCUGAUGCUUGUUGUAUUGCCGUUCAUGCUAUACAAAUUAUGAGGGGGAGGGGGAGUUGUGCACUGUUAUAUCGCAACCAACCAGAACCACCACAGAACUCCUACGACCGCCGCGCUCGCGGUGGGUACUACUGCGGCCCCACGCACGACCACCUGCCGGCGGUGGUGUUGUGCUGCCGCAAGUGGCGCGAAAUCGAUCCCACGGAGAACGGAAACCCGAUGCGAGUUCGAUCCCAGAGUCCGCACUGUCGGAGAGAGACGAUCCAGGACCGGAGUGUGAUGCAAGUUGAAACUUUGGCGGAACAUGUAUGGAUUGCAAAUAUGUGGUAUUGCACUUUACAAGCUUUUCGUGAGUGGAAAUUUUUGCAUCACAAGUUGUACUAGUUCAGGGGAGAACGUGAAAAUUCCCAACAUGCUGCGGUAGCUGAAAACCAACGAUGUGGUCACAUCUGUCUUGCAUGAUUCCAAUCAAUACUUUACUACGAGUGCGAUCCUACAACUUUUGCCCAGAAUACUCCGAGCUGCGCUGCAACUUUUGCGAACAGCGGAACCUGAAAAAGAUUUGGGAACAGGAAAAAUUAAAGAAAAAGCAGCAGCAAGAGGCUAUGCAGCGCAUCACAGACGGCGAAGUAGCAACCAACGAGGAAAUAAGCCAAGACUUCCCUGAUUCUGGCCUGGUCCGCCACCGUUGCUCCUCUGGCAGCUGUAUCAAAUGCAAAAAUGUCUGGGUCUGGAAGGUUGGAAGACUUCUCAUGCAGGUUUUCCAUGACGCGUGAGGUCUGUCAUACAUGACCCAGCAUGACAGAUUUUGUCCGACCUCUAUCAUGCCUCGUCUGCAUCCAUGAGAAACUCCCUCUCAGCUUGGUCAAAAGUGGACAGCUUUUGGUAAUCUUGCAACACAGAUUUUUGCACUAUCCAGAAUCAGCAUAAGAAGUUGCAACCUUCCAGACCACCCAGACAUAUUUGCAAUCCAUAAGCUGCGCCUCAGCCUCCUCGCGCACGACCGCAGCGCCGUCUACGGUCGCAGGAGCCACCGGGAACAAUGGCUACAACAGCAACACCGCUGGUGGGAGCGCGACUGCCCGAUCUUCUAUCCGACUUUCCACCGACGGAACGGAGGACCGGUUGAUGCUGUUUGGCUCUACCGCAUCGGCAUCGUCUGCAGCUUCAUCUGGUGCGCAAGCGCCAGCUGCCCCUCCCGCAGGUGGAACCAGCACGAGGACCACGGCGGGGGAGGCGCAACCUCCAGUUGCAAGGAGCGGCGGCGGUGGCUAUCCGUCGAGCAGCACCUUGUCCAGGCAGCUCCUUCCCGGCGGUGGAAUGCGUGGGUGUUUUGGUGGAACCUCCUCGUUCGUGUGUGGGGCAGGCUGCGGCGCGGGGCUUUCGUUGACGACCGGGACUGGUGGCGCGCGCCCGGCUACCGGCGUUUCGUCUCCAACCGUUGUGGAGCGCGGCGGUGCGGGAGACAGACAAGAAUGCAGCUGUCAACAACAGCUUGACGCGGCAAAUAAGGAGCAGGAUAAAGUGCAAGCGGCUUGUCUUUCCUGCGCAGGAGCAGGGGCUACUGCAGCUACUGGAGCUGCUGCAGACGGCGCCGUAACAACCACACCUGUCGAAGACGAUUUGGAAUUCCGCCCUCCGAAAUCCAAAAUCAUCGUCCUUCCCUGCGGCCACAAAUUUCACGAAAAGUGCCUGCACAAGCACGCGGCGGCGCAACUGUGGAAAAUGCGCGGGACCAGCCCGACGCGAUAUGGAAGCGUCAGGAUUGAAAUCGACAAAGUUGAAAUAACUUGCAAUGCAUAAAAUCGAUACUAGUUACAAGCCGACUUUCUAAGCGGCGCAUGACAAAUUUGAGUAGAUCCGAAAUGCAGUUCGUAAUGCUGUUUGGGUAAGGAAGACGCCUUUUGUCAUGCUACUUCAGCAGCUCUACUUCUACUCCCAAGCAGGCUUAUAAUCUGCCUCCCUUGCCUACUCUGCAAGACAGGCACUCUCUGUGUUGCAUUUUAUGCAUGGCAAACUAUUUCAAAUUUGACGACUUCAAUCCUGACACUUCCAUACGCGAACACCGGCGAUCAUUCCCUACCGCUGUGCGCUCUGCCGCGACGAGGGGAAUCAGUGGAUCGGGUGGAAGCAAAGGUACCAUAUCAAAUGCAAAAGUGUCUGGGUCUGGAAGAAUGCGCGACUUGUCAUGCAGCUUUUCCAUGACCAGUGAGGUCUGGAAUGCAGGACCUAGCAUGGCAGAUUCUGUGCGAUCUCUCUCAUUCCUAUCCUGCAUGAGAAACUCCCUCCCGACUUGGUCAAAACUGGACGACUUUUGGUAAUCAUGCAACACAGAUUUUUGCAUGCUUCAGAUUUAGCAUGACGAGUUGCGUUCUUCCAGACCCAGACACUUUUACAUUUGAUAUACCACCAACAGAAACAACAGUACGCCACUGGUGCUCGUCCUGGUUGUGCGACUGCGACUCCAAAUGUUGACAUGAGGUUUUUGCUACCAGAAAAUCAGUUCCGGAGGCCGUCUCGGCGCGCGGGGGUGGCGCGAGAUCCAAACAGGUACUCCUUUGGGCUGGGAACAAUUUCUGGAUCGGAUACUGCUGGUGGACGACGAGGCUCAUCUGGCGAGAAUCGAGAAACUACUCAAGAACUUGAACUACAUCAAACUGACCCCGAUCUUGAUCCUGUCUCUGACCUAGUAGAUCAAGUCCCGGUAAUUCGGCGAGCGACGCGGGCGCCGGGUCUGGUCAGGUAUCGGUCCGCGACUUUGCCGCUGGUUGCGUCGCCUCGUGUGGACGAGAACGGAGCGGCUGUGAGUGAGGCAGGAUCAGGAAUUGCUCCUGGUGGAACUACUUCUGCAUCUUCAUCUUCAAAUAGCGCGGCUACUUCAAGUGGAACCACAGCUGUCGCUCAACAACAACCCACUGCCUCCACUACGGCUAUAAUUUCGCAUGCAAUUUCCGGCUCAGCGCCUGCUCAAGUAGACAAUCUCCGACCUAGAACCCCUUUCCGUUGGGACGCGGAGGACGAAGAGUUGGAUGCUCUUGCGAGGAUGAUCCCAGACGACCACAGGAGCAUCGUUGUCCGCCGCAACUACAGUACAGAUCCAGCCGGCACCGCACCGGAGACAACUGUUUUGGGCCUUGCGCUAAAUGCGCUCGCACAGCCACCGAACUUUCUCAAUGCGUCGUUUGAGAGCAGUGGUCACGGUGGAAGUGUCGUGACUCCCGCCAAUAGAAAUAAUAUUGCGACCAGCGGUUUUUUGGCCAACCUCCACCGGUCUUUCGGUGCGGGUAGCAGCACAAACUCGCUCGGCACAUCCACAAACGCCGGCACGCCGCACGACCGGGCGCCGGCGCAUAGGCGGAACGUGCGGAGGAGCGGAUUGUUUUUGUCGAGAAGUAUGAACAGUGUAGAGACCACCCCAGGUGUUGGCGGGGAAGCGGAAGGACAAGGUAGAAAUAAUACAACGAGUGGUAACCUCCAGCAGCUUCAAAUUGCCGCCGGAGUCACCAGUAGUAGUACCAGCACCAUUUUAGGGGUGCCGCGAACAAGAGCGCUCCACCUCCUGCAAGAGGACGAUGCUGCGCCAAACGAUGAUACAGCGGGACGAAUCGACGAGGUAGAGAGCAGAAAUCUCCCGCUUGACCAAGUUCACGCGUUUCAGCACAUGUCGUUCUUGCCGCGCAGCGAUGAAAUGGACCCGGAGGACGAAUUAUACAUUGCAAAAGUAUCUAUCGUGCUCGACGUACUAGUAGAAAUAGCAUCACAAAUUAGCUCACAGAGAAAAAAUUGAAUUUGAAACGAAGUUUGUGUAUGCGGAUUCACUCAUAGAGAUAGCAGAUCUGUCAUGCAAAACUGCAACUAGUACGAACGCCCAGAUCUUCCUUUUGCACAUGAUACGAACAUCAGGGAAUAAUCGACUUUGACUUCGUCCGAGGCAGAUCUCCUCCUGCUGCUGCUUCAGGCACAGCCACGGGCGGAGGUGCCGACGCAGUACAUCAAGAGCCUCUGAACACACGACGGAGCAGCGCGUCCUCUGAGGUGGCUCGUCCCGCUACAGCUAUUCGGCAACCGCAACUGACACAAAGCCACUCGAACAACUCCUCUUCCUGGUCCGGCGGGUUCUCGGCCCUCCGCCGCCGGGUUUCGGGAGAGUUGAUUCACGCCGCGUUGGCCAUGAUAGGACUGAAUCCACCAGGGAGCGUGCCGGCGGUAACGAGUCCAGUGAACAACGGAAGCAGGAGGAGAGAACAAGCGCUUCAGGAGGAGGCGCAGGUGGAGAGAGGAGGAAGAAGCAUGCCCGAGGGGACAGCGACAGGAGCAGGAGCUGCUCCUGCUGCAUCAACAGCCACAUCAAGGACAGCAACCACUGGAAGAAAUAGCCGAAACGCGUCGAGAAGUGGUUCAAAUUUUGCGUAUGAAUGACUCAGAGCAAGCUUUCAUCUAGCUUUCAUGCCUUCUACAAAAUAAAGAGAUUCGCAGCACGACUUUCUUGUAUGAUUUUUCAUCUCAUUCGGAGCUCUUGAUUUCUGCCCCAGAAGCUGUUGCGCGCGCAGCUUCAAAAUGAUACUUUGAUGUCUGACAAAUGCAAAGGAGAACAACAGCAGCGUCGAGAUUCUGCGACAAUUUUCUGCGUCUGUGAAACGCAAAGCAACAGAAAAGUGCACUGGUGGCAAUCUCAAUGUCAAUUUCCGGAAGGAACGUCAGAAGCGUGGUGGCCACAACAAGCCUCCCCUUCGAAGUAGAAUCAGGAAAGGACUCUUCUAAAAUCCACGAUCACUGCGAAGACAGUCUCACUCAGCGACAGAAGUGAUGAAUCGGAACUCACUUGUUUUAUGCUCG